AUGGAACCAAAGCUCAUCAAACACAACCCUGGAACGAAGCUCCGCAACAAGACAGCCCUUGAUACGACAUUCCUUGUCAAGGGCUCUACACCUUACAUGCUGGCGGUGAAGCGAAUCGACAAGAUGCUCGAGAAGUUCGAUACAUCUGGUAAGGUGAGAUAUAUCACGGUCAAAGGCAUGGGAAAGGCAAUCAAUACAGCGGUUUCUAUUGCUUUGCACUUCCAAACAAAGAAACAGUAUAAGGUGGACGUGAAGACGGGUACAGUAGAGGUGCUUGAUGAACUCAGGCAAGCUCUGGAGUAUUCUACCAAAGACAGCGACGACGAAGAGGCUACGUUCAAGAAGAGGCUGACGAGCUACGUGGAUAUCAAAAUUUGGCUCAAGAGGGGCACUUAA